AUGUUGAUAAAGGAGGCUGAAGAAGAACGAGAUUCGUCGGAAUUUUCCAGAGCAAACAAGUUUCCGCAGGGGGAGGCAUCAUCGCAAAAUAGACACGGCAACGACGCUUUGACGGGAGGUUGGGGGCAUGAAGUCGUUGCUGAGAGAGGAACUGAUGAGAAAAUAGCAAAAACAAAACUGUCGUGGGUGUACAGGGUGCUCUACUUACUCAAAUACUCGCUGAGCUGCCGAUUGUUGAAUGAUCGGCGUCGUCUUGUAUGCAUAGCAAUAUACGCAAAUCCAACGGCUACAAAGUCAUUUUUCGGAGAUUUAUUCUAUCACACAUACGAAGAGUGGGAAUUCAUCAAGGACUUGGGACAUCUACAGUUGGGGUUCGCCAUUUCGCAACCAACCGCCGAAGAAACUGACGAUUGCUCAAACGUCGUUGGGGCAGGGCAGCACACGGGUAUCACUGGGCGUGGUAUCUCAAACGUCCGCUUGAGAGGCAGCCCGUUGCAUCGCAACAACAAUGGCGUAACAGUAAAACAUGAUGCUUUGCGACGAGAUAUACCCUUCAACGUCAGUUGCGGGCAAAUCAUGCUCUCGAAGAUAACGAUCAUAUGCGGCGAACAAGGUUCAGGCAAAACAACUCUGCUCAACGCAAUAUUUAGGGCUUGGGUGCAAGGCGAGCCCAUUCAGUUAAGAGACACGGCAAAUUAUGAACCUGGUGCCCCCAAGAGUAAAUAUGCGGCAGGCCAAAAACCUAAGGAUGAAAUGUGCCCUGACGCUGAAGGGAGUUAUGUAUAUAGUGAAGACACACUUAACCGAACUAAAGAUCAACAAUUGGAUAAAAGGAGCUUGGGUGAAGUGAGGCGGUCCGCGUACAAGCUGGAAUACUACAACAUCGUCAGCCAGUACGUGGGAUGCGGAGAGAGCUAUUUGAGGAGCACAUUUCAGAAAGCCAGAAACAACAGACCUGCUCUGGUGGUAAUAGACCAGGUUGAAUUGUUGUUUCAAUACAGCGACCCGGAUAACGAAGACAGGCAAAGUUUCUCAACUCUCGCGAGGACUCUCAUAAAUGAGUUACACGCACUGGAUGAAGGAGUUGCCUUCGUUGCAGCAACAAGCGGAAAUGUUACUCCCCAACAACUUCCAACUGCUCUGAAAACCUUGACACAUAGCAGUAUUGUGCUCAAAAGGUAA